UCAAAAUACUACACCUACACCUGACUAGAAUACUUACACACACCAAGAACAAAUUUACAAAGCCUCUUGUUCAAUUCCUAGCUUAGCUACCGUAAUUAUUAGCUUCUCCGGCCGGCGGCCUUUUAUACGUACAUAAAGCAAGGAAAUCAGUGGAAAGAUCUACCACGCCGCCCAACGCUAGAGUUUAUCCGAUAAUUUGUUGAAAAUAAGAUGGCCAAAAUGGCGAUUCCACACUCGGCAAGAAAGAACAUGCACAUCACGGUGGCGGAGCCACGAUCCGGAGACGACGAUGCUAGUUUGAAAUGUACAUUGGAAAAGUUUCUCGAUACCAUUGCUCAACGAGUCAAUUUUCAUAUGGGUUAUCCAGUAAACAUAGUUUAUGAUCACUAUGCAAUUUUAGCACCAUUAUUGCGUUACCACUUGAACAAUUGUGGUGAUCCUUUCAUGGAGAACGCUAUGGAUUUUCAUUCCAAAGAUUUUGAAGUUGGAGUCUUGGAUUGGUUUGCUCAACUAUGGGAGAUUGAGAAGGAUGACUAUUGGGGUUACAUUACUAAUGGUGGCACGGAAGGAAAUUUACAUGGAAUUUUACUAGGGAGAGAGGUACUUCCUAAUGGAAUAUUAUAUGCAUCAAAUGAAUCACAUUAUUCAAUCUUCAAGGCUGCAAAAAUGUAUAGAAUGGAAUUUGAAAGGAUCAACACUAUGGUCAAUGGAGAAGUGGACUAUGCCGAUUUAAGAUCAAAAUUGCUUCAAAACAAGGGAAAACCAGCUAUCAUCAAUGCCAAUAUUGGAACUACCUUUAAAGGGGCCUUGGAUAACCUGGACAUCAUUAUAGAGACACUUGAAGAAUGUGGAUACUUAGAAGAAGAAGUCUAUAUUCAUUGUGAUGCAGCUCUUUCAGGGCUCAUUGUUCCCUUCUUAAAAAAUGUACCAAAAAUCACUUUUAAGAAGCCAAUGAUGGGAAGUGUCACAAUAUCUGGGCACAAGUUCUUAGGAUGCCCAAUGCCAUGUGGAAUCCAAAUAACAAGAAAACGCCUCAUACAUAACCUCUCAAGAAAUGUUGAGUGCAUUGCCUCAGUAGACGCCACCAUCUCGGGUAGUCGAAACGGAUUCACUCCGAUUUGUCUUUGGUAUAGUAUCAGCACCAAAGGUUGGAACGGACUCCAAAAUGAUGUUCAAAGGUGCAUAAAAAAUGCGGAACAUUUGAGUGACCGUCUCAAGGGGGUAGGGAUUAGCGCCAUGCACAAUGACAAUACUAUAACUGUGGUGUUUGAGCGACCUCGUGAGCGUGAAUUCAUCCGUCGUUGGCAACUCUCUUGUGUGGGGAAAAUGGCACAUGUUAUUGUUAUGCCUGGUGUCACAAGUGAAGCACUCGACAUGUUCUUUAAUGAUUUGGUCCAAGAAAGGGAAAUGUGGUAUGCGGGUGGAAAUGUUCAACCUCCUUGCCUCGUAGAUGAUCUUGGCCCGCGUAAUUGUUUUUGUCCUCUUCACGACAUGUGAUCUUAUUUUCUUUUCUAUAUAAUUUGUAAUGGUAAUAUGAAUAUAUGAUACCAUAUGGGGGAAAUAAUUGAUUUUUCAUUUUAUGACUCAUCUUAUUUUUCAGUUGUAUUUUGUCCCUUUUGUCAUUAUAUAAGUUGAUGUACGUAAUGUUUUUAUUUAACAAGAUUAUUUCAUGUAUGCUGGUAACUACGGAGUAUUAAAUAAACUCGGAGCAAGAGAUUUAAGGCGCUUUUCCCAUAUAACCUCUAUUCACUUGACCUACUUAUCAAUCAAUACACUAUCCUCUUGAGACAA